AUGAGCGCCCUGCAGAAACAAUUUGCCAAAGCCAAGUUGGGCCCAAGCUCUUUCCAUGAAGCGGACGAGGAGGAAACCGACCAUUUCGAUACUACAAUACCGCUACCACCGGAUGAUGACUCCUCCUCGGCCUCUUCUGCAUCAUCUGCCUCUUCUACUGGGACUAUAAUUCCAGCAUCAGAACAAAAUCUGUUUGCGCGACCCCAAAGGGCCUCUAACAAUAAUAGAGGGCUAGGCCAGAUACCGUGGACAACGUAUUUUGAACGGGAACUCUUCCUCACAUCCGCAACAAAUGACUUAAACGUCACCCACCAUGCCUAUCUCACAUCCCCAGUCGGUACGGCGCCAUUGUUCGUUAUGCAUCAUGGUGCUGGUUCAUCCGGUCUUUCGUUUGCUGUGCUAGCAUCUGAGAUCCGGAAGCUCUUGCCCUCUGCCGGUAUACUGUCAAUCGACGCCCGAGGGCAUGGCUCUACGACUGUUAGCCCUGCUCAGGAUCUUCUAGACCUUAGCCUAGAGACACUCGCUGCAGACCUCCUGACUGUCCUCGAUAAAACCAAAGAGGAGAUGGGUUGGAAAGAGUUCCCCCCAUUGGUACUCAUUGGCCACUCUCUUGGAGGUGCAGUAGUUACAGAUGUUGCAAAAGGCGGAAAACUUGGACAAGCAGUCCUGGGAUAUGCAGUCCUCGAUGUAGUGGAAGGAUCUGCGAUUGAUGCCCUGCAAAGCAUGCAAACGUAUUUAUCGACUAGGCCGCUGGGGUUUCCCUCGCUGGAAUCGGGUAUAGAAUGGCACGUACGAUCACGAACAAUCCGAAAUCGUCUCUCAGCUAGAACAAGUGUACCUGCCCUAUUGAGACAUGAUGAGGAUUUGAGAGACUCGCGGUCUUGGACUUGGCAGACAGACCUUGCUGCAACACAGCCAUUUUGGGAGGGGUGGUUCAUAGGACUCAGUAAGAAGUUUCUAGAAGCGAGAGGAGGAAAGCUACUCCUGCUUGCUGGAACGGAUCGACUGGACAAAGAGCUUAUAAUCGGCCAAAUGCAAGGAAAAUAUGCUCUUCAGGUAUUUCCCGAAGCCGGCCAUUUUAUACACGAAGACCUCCCCGAAAAGACCGCGAUGGUUAUUGUUGAUUUCUAUAAGCGGAACGAUAGAAGCGCGCUGGUAUUGCCACCAAAAGUUUCAGAUAUGCUUCGAGCCGGAAAGAAGGUAUAG